CUCUUCCCGUUCGGCUACUGGUGAUUAUGUUGUGGGUCGUGGCAUGGGCUUGACGACGUUGCCUACUCCGUUGCAUAGAGUGGUUUUGGACUGUGAGCUGGUGCGUGGGGAAGUGUCUGUGGGCGUGCGGGCCGCGUUGCCCGUGGAUGGAAUUCAUUUUAUUUUGGGGAAUGGCCUGGCGGGCGGCCGUGUUUGGUCUGCUGAUCCCUUCUUGCUGCGCGCUGCCGGUUCGCUUGUUGGUGACAGUGGUGUUUGUGUGACAGCCUCCCCUGUGGUUGCGCUGUGUCCGUCUGUUCAGGGGGGUGGGUUGUCUCCGCCUCCUAGGGUGUUUCCAGCGUGUGCCGAUAUGCGUGCUAUGUGCGCGGCUUCGCUGGAUGCGGUCGCUGUGAGGGAGGACGUUGCUUUGUCUGUGGCAGAUUUUCCUCUUGAGGUGUCUCACGAGGAGUUGGCUUUUGUGGCUUUGUUAAUUAUGUUUGUGUGCAGGUGCAGCUGGAGUAUUCGGCGGGGCGUAUAUAAGACCCGCCUACAAUCGGCCUGGGUUCUUCUUUCUUUGCUCCGCUCCCAGGCCGGACCUGCGCCGUUGCACCUCGCGUUUGUGUUUGGUUUAGUUCUACAUCAUACAACACUGCCUGCAUUAUAUUUGUACACACAACCAAGCACGCCCUGACAUUACUGAUAUUGCAGAC